CUACACUUUACGCCUGCGCCGUGUUGAGCUGAGCGUAAAGUACAGCCUGCUGGAGCCGGAGCCGAAGAGAAACGGGCGUCGGGCUUAACCCGUAAAAUGAGCGUCGAGAGAGCACCGCGUAGACACGUGGCGUCUAACGAAUACAUUACAGUGCAAAAGGAAGAAGUAGAUGAUGAUGAACCUGUUAUCAUUGAAAGCAACUCAAAAACAGAUGUCCAGAAUAGUCUGCACAUGCAGACCAUGUUACCAAUUGGAACUCCUCAAGGACGAGAGGAAGAGGUUGAAGACUUGACACCUUUAAACAGCUCUAUAAUGGCGAAUCAUCAUUCCGGCGUUCAAAGUAAUAUCCACAGUCCUGAGGAAAUAGGAUAUGGUUUCUCACGUAAAAGGCGGAGAACCUCACCUAUGCUGGCAAAUACAAUGGAAAUUCGGAACCAAGAAUAUGAGGACAGUGCUAAUAUAAUGUAUGACUAUGAUGCAGAAUAUGAAGAUGCAAGCGUCAUGUCGGAAAAUUCUUAUGCGAGUGAUCAACAGGGAACAUUGGCUGAGGUGCUCAACUACUGCCAGGCAAUGUAUCAAAUUGUUCAGAAACUGGAUAAAAAGUUGGAUUCGCUCCAGAGGAAAGUGGCUGAAAUGCAUCCUGUCAGAUUAAAAUCUAGAAUGCCUGUCCUUCCACCCAGAGGCUUUCAUCCUUCGUCACAUGGAAAAUUGAGGCUACAAAAAGUGAACCAAAGGCUUUACAGCUCACAGGCCCCACCUCCUCCACCAGGAUAUCGCCAACCUCCGUCAAGGAUAAGGGUAGAAAGAAAUAAUAUAGGCAUCCAACCCUCCAUUUCCUAUACGUCUGCUCCUUCCGUACCCCAUACAGCAGAAUCCCAUCAGAGGAGGAGCCCACCACUGCCUACUAUAAUAUCAACACGCUCCUUGCAGCCUUCCUUCUCUGCAGAGGAUGCAAUACUUAAAACUUCUGAAACAAUAGUUGAGGCCUUGCCUGAAACCACUCAGGUGCUGUCACCAGUUAAUAAUGCACCCGUCGCCUCUCUACCUGAAAGAUCAACAAAAUCUGAAACUUGCAUUGAAGAAGUGGAGGAACCCGUGGUAAAUUGUUUAAUUCCACCUGAAAACAUCAUUGUUGAUGAGGAACAACCUUCAUCAUCGGUUCCAAGUAAUCCCAGACAUGAGUGUGUUGGAGACCCAAAUAGAAAUAUAAAGGUUCCUGCACAUUUUUUGAAGAAGGCCCGGCAAAAGACGCAUCCUAAAUUUGCAGCUCGUUGCUUAUUCCUUGUCCUGUUCCCGAAAGAAAAGUUGAAAUCUAUUCUAGCAGAAACAAAUUCAAAAGGACUCAGUUCACUGGAUGUCAACAAGGUUUCUGCAUUAAGAGAGUUCCUGGUGUCUGCUUUCCCAGAAUCUGAUCUUCGUGAAUGUGGCAAAGACUGGGAAGACUGUGUCAGAAACAUUAAUGCCGUCAUUUUCAGUUUACUAUGGGAAAAGAAUGCAGCCAAAGCCAGACCUUGCCGUAAGUCGGUUACCAAGAUGUCAGAAGAGUCCGUUUGCGUGGAUUCGGAUCCUAAUGACAGUGAAGAGGAUAUGACUUCUGCAAAAACUCCAAAGCUUGUCAACAAAAAGUCCAAAAAAACAACCAAUUCAAAAUCUACCGCCACUAAAUCUGUAAAUCCAAAAGCUGAUUACAAGGAACCGGAUGUCGUUUUAGCAGGUUCUUCCGCAAAUAAGCCAUCUGUGGAUCACAUGGAAUCUUUAGGUGUAUCCGGGAGGAAUGUGCAGUUGCCAUUUUCAGUUGUUUCUAUAGCUAAAGGGAAGACUCGUCCAGAGCUCUCUGCCAGAUAUCUAAUAAGGCAUCUCUUUACCGACGACAUACUGUUGAACAGUAAUGUAUAUGGAAAUGCGGAACGUGGAAUCCUUCCUUUAGAAAGCAACAGAGUUACUGCUUUGCAAGAAUUUCUUCAAGAAAAUUACCCAGCAUUUGAUUUGACUGAAAACGGCAAUGACUGGAAGGCUUGUGUUGCUGCAGUUAACAGCACCAUCCGCGGUCUCCGCCAUGUUCACAAUAAGUUACGUUUUUCCCCGUUCUGCCCAGAAAUGGCUCAGAAAAGAUUUUCAUACAGUGCUGAAUUCAAGUUAAAAGUGAUCCAGUUUGCAAAAGUGAAUGGAAAUCGUGCUGCUGAACGUAAGUUUGGUCCUCCUCCAACUGAGAAAACAAUCCGAGACUGGCUACGGGAAGAAGAAACCCUACUGAAAACGCCACGGCAGAAGAAGGCCAUGAGAGGCAAGUCCGCAAAAUGGCCUGAUUUAGAGAGGGAAUUGAAGAUAUGGAUUGAAGAGCAAAGUGCAAUUGGAAUUCCUGUGUCCACAAAGAUGGUUCAGCAUGAGGCAAGAAGAAUUUCUGAUGAAAAAGAAGUUACUGAUUUCAAAGGAGGACACAACUGGUGCUUCAGGUUCAUGAAACGGAAUGGACUAAGCAUGCGUACACGCACCAGACUUGCCCAAAAGAUGCCUCAUUCAAUGUUGGAAGACACAUCAGUUUGAGUUGGGACAGAUUGCAGAUAUGGGCGAAGUCCCCCUUCGGUUUGAUGUCCCAAGUAACAGAACUGUUGAUAAGAAGGGGGGGGAAAGCUGUAACUGAAGACAAGUGGGCAUGAAAAAAACCCAUUAUACAGUUGUUCUAGCUUGUUGUGCCAACAGAACCAAGCUGCCUCCUAUACUGAUUUUCCACGCAAAACAAUGCCAAAAAAAGACAUUCCUCGAGGAGCGAUUGUCCACGUUUAUGACAAGGGUUGGAUGGAUCAGGAUGGGAUGAAGAUCUGGUUUGAGAAAGUUUGGAGCAGGAGACCUAUUGGUGCUUGAUCAGUUCAGGGCACACAUAACAAACACCACAAAGAAGAUUGCUGCAGAGCAAAAAACAAAACCUGCUGUCAUACCUCGAGGCUUGACAUCCUAGCUCCAACCACUUGAUGUCAACAUUAACAAACCCUUCAAAGCUGCCAUGAGAGAUGAAUGGAACCAAUGGGUUAAGUCUUCUGGGGAAAAUUUGACACCAGCAGGAAGAGUGAAGAAA